AGUACUUGUGUGAGUUGAAGGGUAAAGAGGGAGCAUGGAAGGUACUGGACUGAGAAAUGUUGGGUCCAACUGUUCCAUCUCUGAUAUGGAUGACUUUGAUCUCUCGAAGCUUCUCGACAAGCCAAGGCUUAACAUAGAGAGGCAGAGAUCUUUUGAUGAGAGGUCACUCAGUGAGUUAUCCAUAGGCCUAACCAGAGGUUUAGAUAAUUAUGAGAGCGCUUACUCGCCAGGCAGGUCUGCGUUGGACACCCCAGCUUCAUCCGCACGUAACUCUUUUGAGCCCCAUCCAAUGGUUGCUGAAGCCUGGGAUGCUCUCCGCCGUUCGCUGGUUCACUUCCGAGGCCAACCAGUUGGUACAAUUGCUGCAGUUGACCAUGCCUCUGAGGAAGUCCUCAAUUAUGAUCAGGUUUUUGUUAGAGAUUUUGUUCCUAGUGCUCUGGCGUUCCUGAUGAAUGGAGAGCCGGAUAUAGUUAAGAAUUUCCUGUUGAAGACACUUCGGCUUCAAGGGUGGGAGAAAAGAGUAGAUAGAUUCAAGCUGGGGGAGGGGGUUAUGCCCGCUAGUUUCAAGGUUCUUCAUGAUCCAGUUCGUAACACAGAUACAAUCAUGGCAGAUUUUGGUGAGAGUGCAAUCGGAAGAGUAGCUCCAGUUGAUUCUGGAUUUUGGUGGAUAAUUCUUCUCCGUGCAUACACUAAAUCUACCGGAGACAUCAGUCUUGCUGAAACUCCUGAGUGCCAAAGGGGAAUGAUGCUUAUAUUGAGCUUAUGUUUGUCUGAAGGAUUUGAUACGUUUCCUACUUUGCUCUGUGCUGAUGGAUGCUCAAUGAUUGAUAGAAGAAUGGGAAUCUAUGGUUAUCCUAUUGAGAUCCAAGCACUCUUCUUUAUGGCAUUGAGAAGUGCUUUGGCAAUGUUGAAGAACGACAGCGAAGGGGAAGAAUUUAUUGAGAGAAUAGUGAAGCGUCUACAUGCCUUGAGUUAUCACAUGAGAAGUUAUUUCUGGCUUGAUUUCCAACAAUUGAACGACAUAUACCGCUAUAAAACUGAAGAGUAUUCUCAUACUGCAGUAAAUAAGUUCAACGUUAUCCCUGAUUCAAUCCCAGAUUGGGUAUUUGAAUUUAUGCCUACGCGUGGUGGUUACUUUAUUGGGAAUGUUAGUCCUGCAAGGAUGGACUUCAGAUGGUUUGCUUUAGGAAACUGUAUUGCCAUCUUGUCCUCCCUUGCUACUCCAGAGCAAGCUUCGGCUAUUAUGGAUCUCAUAGAAGCACGCUGGGACGAGCUAGUAGGAGAGAUGCCCUUAAAAAUAUCUUAUCCAGCACUAGAAAAUCAUGAAUGGCGACUUAUAACUGGUUAUGAUCCCAAGAAUACCAGGUGGAGCUACCAUAAUGGUGGAUCUUGGCCAGUGCUUUUGUGGUUGCUAACGGCAGCCUGCAUUAAGACGGGACGACCACAAAUUGCAAGACGAGCAAUAGAUCUUGCUGAGAGCCGCUUAUCUAAGGAUGUUUGGCCUGAAUAUUAUGAUGGUAAAGUAGGAAGAUAUAUUGGUAAACAAGCGAGGAAGUAUCAGACAUGGUCAAUCGCGGGAUAUCUUGUAGCAAAGAUGCUGCUGGAGGAUCCUUCACAUUUGGGAAUGAUUGCCUUGGAAGAGGACAGGCAAAUGAAGCCCGUAAUCAAACGAUCAGCUUCUUGGACGUGCUGAAGUGCUUUGAGGAAAGAGAUGUAAGUACAAGUGGAUAGAGAAAACCACAAGGUGAGAGGAGUAGUCUGUUGUUUUAUUACAAGAACACUAUUCUUUUUGCUAUUCCCGUCCUUGUAAAAUUGCUCAUAAGUUUUGUUGUGUACACUUGCAUCCAGCGAGACCAAUGUCUCGUUUCUCAGUAUAAAAGACCUCGUUUGAUGGUUC